GCUUGCCUGUACAGAGCAACGCUUUGCCGGAAGGAGGCCGAAAGACGGUCCAAAGCAGUAGUCGUCCGAGGGACACAGGCGGACCGACCGACCGAUCGACCGCGACUCGCGACGUCCUCCGAAGACACAAGUGACUGUGAGCAAGUGAACGAGCGUUGUGUUCAGUGGGUGGGUUGUCCUGACAUGAUCUCAGUGGACCGGUGCAGUGGCACGCUGACAGUGCCAUGUCCGCCCGCCGGCUCGUAGCAUCACUCUUCAUAUUCUUCAUUGUUGUCGUGUCCGGUAGGAGAGUUCGGAACUUGGAGUCGAACGGUAUCCCGACAGCAAUAGAAGAGUUCACGAACGAGGCGCUGUUACCACGUUUCGCUGAGCCUAUUCCUAACGUAACAGUGACCAUUGGCCGUGAUGCCCUUCUAGCCUGCGUGGUAGACAACCUGCGAGGCUAUAAGGUGGCCUGGGUGCGUGUUGAUACGCAGACCAUUCUGUCAAUCCAUCAUAACGUGAUCACCCAGAACCCCCGAAUUUCGCUCUCAUACAACGACCACAGGUCCUGGUACCUGCACAUCAAGAACGUUCAAGAGGCAGACCGGGGGUGGUACAUGUGCCAGGUUAACACAGACCCCAUGCGCAGUCGCCAGGGUUACCUGCAAGUUGUCGUUCCUCCGAGUAUUGUGGACCGGGAGACAAGUACGGAUAUGGUAGUGCGCGAAUCUGCCAAUGUGACACUCACUUGCAAGGCAACGGGAUAUCCGGAACCCUACGUCAUGUGGCGCAGAGAGGACGGCAAAGACAUCAACUACAAUGGCGAAAACGUUAAUGUUGUGGACGGCGAAGUUCUUCACAUUACGAAAGUCAGUCGCUUACACAUGGGCGCGUAUCUCUGCAUUGCGUCCAACAGCGUCCCCCCCUCUAUGAGUAAACGGGUGCAGCUCCGGGUACAAUUUCCACCGAUGCUGUCCAUACCGAACCAGCUCGAAGGAGCCUACGUAGGCCAAGACGUUACCUUGAUGUGCAACACCGAGGCCUACCCUACGUCCAUAAACUACUGGACUACGGAAAGAGGAGACAUGAUUGUUUCGGGAGACAAACACGAAGCCGUGACGACUGACAACGGCUAUAACAAAUUCAUGAUGUUGAUGAUACGCAAAGCAAGCAAGAGUGACUUUGGAUCAUACAAGUGUGUAGCCAAGAACUCGUUGGGAGAGACAGAUGGAGUCAUAAAACUAUAUGAGAUACCAGCUCCUUCAACUACCUCAACGUCGACGGUUUUGUCUGUGACGUCACCAAUGACUGCUAGAAAGAAAGGUCGUGGCCGGCAAUGGAAACAACGCCAUUCAGAAAACCAACUAGACUACGAGGUGGAGGGUUGGAGGGUCUCAGACUACGAUGACGACUACACACUUCCGUCUUUCGGGCCUCCGCCAGCUAGGUAUCCUGGGGCCCGCAGUUCAGCUACCACAUGCCCCCCAUGCGUCUGUACGAAAAGCGGAACUUGGUUCCUCACCUGGUUCAUUUGCUGGGUUGUUCUGUACAGUGGUUACAGCUGAUCAUGCAACGGACACAAUGUGCCAUGACAGAGUCAAUAAAACUUGUCUUCAGAAAUUAUAGAAUUAUAGUGGUUCAUGGACAAAGUGUUUGAUGGACGAACAAAUACUCACAACAAGACACUAAAACAGAAGAACAGUGUGCAGUCGAAAGUGUAUGUGCUCUGCAAACUCAUUUACAAAUUCUUUGUAACGCCCACAUUCCGAAAUACAGGGACAGAAAAAAAAGUGAUGACUGAGACGAACCAAUUUCUGCAAGUAAGAAUAUUAUUCAGAAUUACUACUGAAGCAUCUUAGAUUUUUAUCACAACACAGACUUUUCCUAAACAGAUGCUUAACUGUCAUUGUCGAACACACAUUUAUUGUGUUAAAGUCGUGUUCUAUGUGGUGAUUAGUGAUGUAUUUAAUUGUAAAUCAGAAAUGAGUUAGCCAAGUGAUGUAAUUCAUCUCAUCAAUGCGACGACAACUGGAUUUGAAAGUAGGUACAUACGUAUGUAGAUGGUAAUGAAAGGCAUUUUUAUAUUAUUAACAAGCAUUAUUAGGUAAGGGUGUUCAUAAUAAGAGAACGGAUUUCAAUACGUAGCUCCACAAAAAUAAGUUUAAAAAAAGAUAACAUAAUUCACUGUUCGUAUAGGAUAAGACUCAACUUAAAAUAUGCGAUAAGAAUAUCUACAGAAACUACAGCGGUCAUUGUGAGGGAGAGAGAUAAUAGCUUAAAAGUGUGAUAGCAUGUCCCUUAAACUUAAUCAACCUUCUAAAUAUAAACUAUAUAUAUAUAUAUAUAUAUAUAUAUAUAUAUAUAUAUAAGUUUAUGCUCUGUUACAGUUUGAUUCCUCCAAACGUUCAUCAUCCGAAGAAGGAUGUGUAUGCAAUUGCCAAUGAAGCUGAUUAAAACGUGUGAAAAAUAAUUACAUACAGAGGAAUAAACACGUUAUAAAAACAGCAGUCAUAGUUAGGCGCCGAGUUUAAACUACCGAAAGUCGCUGGUACUAACAACACUGACCACAAAUUUCGAUUUAUUGACGAGGUGGUGGAAUAAUGUUCUGUUGUGUGGCCAACUGGUCUUCCAAUUUCAUUAGCUCGUUAGUAAGUUCUUCGCUGCGUCCAUUUCUAAAUCCAAGACAAUUUAAUUAUUACAACAUCAGGUACUGAUUUGGAUACUUCAACAUGCAACACAUAAGUAAAGAAACUUGCUGUCCCCCGUAUUUAUUUAAAAUAUCCGCAAUUAAAACAUAAUUAUUAUAGACCUAUGUGACGUAGACUGUCUGAAAACCACAGGAUUUUGUAAAAGCCAUCUUAGGAAGUUGCCUGCUAUUAAGAAAGAGAAGCUUCUUCUAAGUUAUUUUUGUGUAAUAUUACAUAUAUAAAAAUUGUACUUAAAUACUUUACUUGCUAGCCUGUGAAAAGCCUUUACUACUUGCAUAUAAUUAUACUAUCGAUAAUGUAGAACUGAAGUGCUAAUGUACUCAUUCUGGAACAGAUGUAAGUAAUUUGAGUCAGCGAUCGACAGCAGUCCGAAUGCUGAGAGGCAGGGUGUUUAUUAAUCAAUUAAAUAAAUUUUACCUUAAAAUUAGUACAUUUUACUUCCUUGGAAUCAGUGCUGUCAUUGUCAGUCCUUGAAAUAUUCUAUACAAUAAUUUCUGCAAAUUAGAUUUUAUUAUGGUAUUUCAAAUGCAAUAGGCUUUUUUCGAGGAAAGAAAAUUUUGAUUCCUAUAAUCAGAUGUCGUAACACACCGUACAGAGAAAAUUGUCCUUAGUUGCAUCACAUUCCUCUAUUCCUUUUAGGAGUGUUCCUCGUGGUGUGGACCAUUUGUAAGGAAGUACCAAGGCGCAAGAAAUUAAGUGCUGUUUCUUAAAUGACAAACUGCUUUGGUCUCUGGUCAUGGCGGUAAUUGGUUAUCACAUCGUUAGUACACUUGUAAAAAAAGUAUUGACUGCCACUGAUCUACGUAAAAAUGAAUUUGAAACAGUUCUCAAAACGUAAACUUGUAAAUCACAUAACUAGGGAAUCUCAAUAACAUGUCAACAAAGCGCUUACUUAAUAAACUAUGGAAGAACUUUUAAACAAAACCCAAUUCUGAUGCCGUAAUUGUGUUUUUUUCGAUUUUAAUCGAAUGUAAAGUGAUUAAAUAUCAUGAAUUUUCACAACCACAUAUUAAUACUUCAGCGCAACAUUCUUGAGCCAGAAAAUAUUUACGAAACACCCUUAGGAGUAAAACAAUACAUUUAAAAUGUAUCAUGUUAGUAUAUAACUAUAGAAAUAGUAACCAAAAUUUAAUAAUAUAAUUUUCAAGCUUUGAUGAUGCUUACCGAUGCAUUCACAUUAUUGAAUCUAACAUAGUGAUUAUUACAUACUAACUUACUGUUAAGCACUUAUUUAAGCAUUAACAAUUGUCGUUCUCAGUUUAAUUGAGGUUAUAGAAAGUCUAAUUUAAAUCGAGCUUCACUCCUAAAUAUUCAAAUUAAAAGAUUUUAAUGUUACCGUUCAAUAAAAUAUUUCACUAAAAUCACAACUAACAACUCCAACACCGAGACUAACUUCGGAUUUAUUUGAAACCAUGAUUGGCAUUACUGUUUUAUCUAUCACUGCAUUAGUAGUGGGUCACAUGUAUUAAAUAAUUAUUCAAAGAUUUAGAAGGAAAAUUUAUAAUGCUAAAAUUCAAUUCACAAACAUUUUUAGCAGAUUUCGCUCGCAUUUUCAUACGAAUUAAUCGUAGUACUCGAGUCUAGCACACCAAUUCAAUGGGAUAAAAGGGCUCGGUUCCACAUUUUAUAAAAACUCAAAUAUUCAACAGUAAUACUAAAAUUGGAGUCCAAUUUUCACCUGACCAGUGAUGAAUAGAUACAAAGUUUCCAAUUGUGAUAGACAUUUCCAGUUAUGUCUUGCACAUUUAAAAACAUACAUUUCUCAAUAAUAUGCUGGACCUUCUACACUGUUUGAGGUAUAUUUGAAAAUAAAAAUAAACAUUUUGGGAGUUGGCUCUGUUCCCGCCUUUGAAUGAAUAAUAAUAUCAAUCACAAAAUUGUAUGCUUCAAAGUCACGGAAAAAUAGUAAAAAUUUUCAACACGAACUGCGGGACCCAGGAGAGUGAAGACAACUCAAAACUCGUAGCGUAUCAAAGCUAACUUCGCUGUACCAUUGACUAAGACUAACUCGGUAAGGCGGCGUAAAGUCCUUCUUGGUUUUUGGUGACGGCUUCUAGAGUGAACGAGACUAAUCAAAAGUUUUCGGUAUCGAUACCAAUCGUCGACACAGGUACAAGAAAUUAAUAAUAUCAGGUUAAGCACAAUCAGUGAACAUUCUCGGAAUGCAGUCAACUCCCUGAGAUCUUAAUGUACAUUAAAUAUACCACAGACUACAGGCAAUGCCGAAUGUAACUUCUAUGUAAUGAAUCAACUGUUACUACAAACAACCACGAAACAGAGGGUCGUUGCGUAGAUGGCUCUCUUGUGUGUUACAGCGAUGUAUAGUCUGGUAUAUGUAAGAUUUGAGGUUUCCACAGCGGUGAGUAUGAAGAUUUCUGUCUUCUGGGUUGUUGCGCUGUGUAGUAUGGUAGAAGUUUACCAACGUUUCAGAGGUCAUACUGCCUCCGUCAUCAGGGCGAUGACGGAGGCAGUAUGAACUCUGAAAUAUUGACAUACAUCAACCAUACAACACAGCGCAACUACCCAGAAGACAGAAAUCUUCAUAGUCUGAUAUAUGUUUACUAACAUUUUAGGGGUCCUUGAUGCCUCCAUUAUCAGAUCGAUGAUGGAGGCAGCAAGGACCUCUGAAACUUUUGUAAAAUUCUACCACGCAACACGAUCCUUCAACCCACAAUACAGCCAUAUUCGUACUAACAGCCGUCAGAACUUCAAAUCCUAAGAAGAUACUUAUCAUUCGAAAGGUAACGGUCAGCAACAAGAAUGCUGUGUGACGUACGAGUCUACGAGAGAGAAUGUGUACUCUUUGUAGAGAUUAGUAGACUUAUAUAUAGGCCUAUAUAUUCACGUACUAUACGAUCGUUGUUGUUUUACAUAGGCUAAAAUAUAUUUUUUGCAGCUGAUGGAUGCUUUGUGCAGCAGAACUGAUAUUAUGUAGUGAUAAACUAUAGGUAAACAUAUGUGUCGAUUAAGCGUGUGUAGUUUUCAUAUGUAUAAUAAUCUUCCAUCAUGUAGCACGACCAAAUUGGAAUACAGUUAUGCAUAUUGACAUGCUAUUCCUGUAAACACUGACAAAUAAGUGGCCGAGAUGUGUAAGAUUCCAACGAAGUCGUGCAUGUGUCCAGCGUUGUUCAUAUAGCAUUAAGAAUUGUAUAACAUAAUUAUAUAUAAUAUGAAAUCCGUUGCAUUCUGAAUAAAGAAGGGAGUACGCAUAUGAAA